AUGACGGCACCUCGCGGCGACACUGAGCGCGGGCCAAGCGGAAGAGCCCACCCCGAGUCGGGAAUCCACCCAUGCGAUGACGUCACGCUCGGCUUUGACAAGCUGGUGGUGCCGGAAGAAAAGAUGGCGGAUCAUGAGGAGCAGCUAUCCGACGACGAGAAGGUACGCAUAGCAGCGAAUUUUGUCAUCCAUGCUCCGCCAGGAGAGUUCAACGAAGUUUUCAAUGAUGUGCGACUGCUGCUCAACAACGACAAUCUUCUCAGGGAAGGUGCAGCGCAUGCAUUUGCACAGUACAAUGUGGACCAGUUUACCCCGGUGAAAAUCGAGGGCUAUAAUGAGCAGGUCUUAAUCACAGAGCAUGGCGACCUGGGGAACGGCAGGAUGCUCGACCCCAAGAGCAAGAUGUCCUUCAAGUUCGACCACCUGAGGAAGGAGGCCAGUGAUCCGCGGCCCCACGACAUGGACAGCUCCAUUGAGGGCUGGAGGAACGCCGUGGACUCCGCCGUCAGGGCCUACGUCAAGGAGCACUACCCCAGUGGAGUCUGCACCAUUUAUGGAAAAACAAUUGACGGACAUCAAACCAUCAUCGUGUGUGUCGAGUGCCAUCAGUUUCAACCAAAAAACUUCUGGAAUGGACGCUGGAGGUCAGAGUGGAAAUUUACCAUCUCCCCUUCCACUACUCAAGUGGCAGGCAUCAUGAAAAUCCAGGUUCAUUACUAUGAAGAUGGAAAUGUUCAGCUUGUCAGCCACAAAGAAGUUCAGGAAUCCAUGUCAAUUUCUAAUGAGGCUACAACUGCAAAGGAGUUCAUUAAGAUCAUUGAGGCUGCAGAGAACGACUACCAGACUGCCAUCAACGAGAAUUACCAGACUAUGUCGGACACUACCUUCAAAGCCUUACGCCGCCAACUUCCCGUGACACGUACCAAGAUUGACUGGAAUAAGAUCCUGAGCUACAAGAUUGGCAAGGAGAUGCAAAAUGCUUAAUUCAAAGGAGAGCAACCCCCUCCGUACACACGCGCGCGCGCACACACACACACACACGCACACACACACACACACACAAACAAACAAACACACACACACACACACACAGUAUCCCACUCAACCCAAAACAACAUUGCAUGACUGGAUAGUUGUAUCGUCUUUGUACAAAAUUAGAAAUACAGGGACAACAAAAAGGUUUGGUCUCACAGCAAGAUGUCAUGUUACACUUUGUCUACUUUUCUUGUUUUUUAUUUGUACACACACUGAUAAAUCCUCUGUAUAUUGAAUAUAAAAUAAUGAUUAUAAUUGUAUUUGGGAAACUAUUAUGUGAGGAAUUUAUUACAAAGACAUAGGAGAGGGGGGGCUGACACUCAUAUGCAAAAAACAUGCUCAUACAGUAUCACGUGUGCAAUAUUUAUUGUGUUGGUGAGACCACACCUUUUGAUUGACCUGCUGAAAUACUGUUGAAUUUGCAAUGAUGGUGAAACAUAUAUUUUUGUGGGGAAUCCUGUCCACAUUUACAAAACACUUUGGACGUUUUGGCCCAAACGGAAGACUUCCAUUAAAACGCAGUCAAAAGAAAGUUCUCUCUGUUCAUUGGCUGGUAUCUCUGGCACAAGCUGGCACCACUGUCACAACCACCUGAUAUUCUCUUAUUUUGGUACUUCCCUCACGGUUUGCCCAUGUUGUGAGAUCUUAAGCUUCCAACCCCCCCAGGCCAGAUUGCCUGUUGAUCCGAACCCUCGCUCAGAGUUCAAGCACGACUUAACAAGCUUAAUUAACGAGUUCUUAAUCGCAAAGUAAUGCACAUAAAUGUCCAAUUUACAAAGAAAUUUAACAAGGUUUCAUUCUCCCCCCCCCCCAAUGCUUAUUUUUAUUAAAAACGAAUCCUGACUGUAUUAUAUGACAAGGCACAUUGUAAUAUAUACCUGUAUGAAACAUCCUGUCUGUCAGUUUGGUGAUUUAUUUCAAUGACAUUAAUUGUAAUUCAGUCACGAUUAUGUUGCAUUAAAUGACAAAUUUUCUAUU